GCCUUCUAGCCCCUCUCUUUUUAGAUACCCCGCCUCAUAUUGGCAGAUCAGGGCAUCCGUCACCGCAAUUCGCUGGUUUUCCAUAAAAAUUGGAAACUUCAUUUUGACGCCCGCUUCACCUCGUAUCUAAGUGAAAAAGCGAGGAAAAGACAGGGCGAAAACCUAUUUCUUGAACCUCUAUGACGUUCAAUAUCACUAUCGGAUCGGAUCAUUCUAUCUCAGACGAAGAGGACUCGUCCGGAGUUCGAGGAUCCCCGCUCUCAGAUCCAGGGAGUCAUGGAUAUCAGGACCCAUACGACGACGAGUGGGCACAUCUACCAUAUCCGGAUGAACUGAAGCCGUCUGAUUCGGCUUCUCGGCCGAGGACGACAGGUCGAAACCGAAUGCGAGCCAUGGAUCGGAUGCCAGCUUCUGGUUCUAUGCGACGCCCCGCGCCGAGGCGUCAUUAUGUACAAGAUCGAGGGCCACUUCCCCGUCGUUCACGUCGACCUCCUUCACCCGAAUCUCCAGAAAGUGAGGAUUCCGGCGAGGAAUACACAGAACCUUAUGACAGACCCUCUCAGGACAGAAGGUUUUGGCCGCCCGUGUCCCAAGGGCCAGCAUAUGCCCAUAAUCCGUCUCCAGGCCCGUCAUAUCCAUAUUCCCAUGACACAGUUCCACAUGGGCCGUUCGGGCAUCCAAAUGGUGCUCAUCCUCCAUCCGAUCAACUUGUAAGGGUGGGCCACCACAAUGCGAUGAACCAACCAUCGCCAUAUGGACAUCCCCUUUAUCCAUACAGCACACAGUUUCACCACCAUCCGCCAGGUGCACCCAUAUCUCCAUUUUUUGCCCAGGAUCCUCCAGGACAUCUCGGGCGUCACUCACAUCGCCCCCAGGCACCUCAUACUCGGAGCAGCGCGCAGAGUCCACCGCCGCAAGCGUUUCCACAUCCGAUAUCGCCAAAUGGGCCGCAGUUUUAUGGCGGUGUCCCUUUAAACUCUCAUGAUCUUGUACCUUAUGGCCAGAAUGGUUAUUAUCCAUUUAGAGAUCCGUAUCCAAUGACUCCGGGGAUGAUUCAGCCUUAUUAUAAUACUUAUCCGCGUGCGCCAUCUCCAAGUCAGGAGGAAUCGAGUCCAUCUCCUCCACCCGCUCCACCCGCAGAUGCAGCCAAGGAUGAAGCCAUUGCAAGGUUAGAAAAGCUGAUUUUAGAGGAGAGGUCGGAGCGUGAGGCCCGGGAGGCCCGGGAGGCCGCUCGUCAGGCAGAGAUUGAGAAGGAAGCAGCUGAAGAGGCUGCUAGAGAAGAACGAGCUGCCCAUGAAAAGCAGAUCGCCGAGGAGGCUGCUGCUGCUGCUAGGGCUGAAGCCGAACAAAAAGCUGCUGAGGAAGCCGCCAAAGCAAAACAAGAGGCAGAAGAAGCGGCAGCGGCAGCGGCAGCAGAAGCGGCGUCUGCGGCAACUGAGGCCGCAAAUGCAGCUGCAGCGGAAGCAAUUGCUGCGGCGCAAGCGGAAGCCGCUAGUCAACAGCCCCCUCCGGAGGAUAAGAAAAAGCCGAUAAAGUUCAAAGACGCCAUUGGGAGGAAGUUUAGUUUUCCGUUUGAAUUAUGCUGUACCUGGCAGGGCAUGGAGGAGCUUAUACGCCAAGCAUUCCUUCAUAUAGAAGUUAUAGGACCCCAUGUUGCUGAUGGUCAUUAUGACCUCGUGGGUCCCAAUGGCGAUAUAAUACUCCCACAGAUUUGGGAUACCGUCAUUGAGCCUGAUUGGAGCAUAACCAUGCACAUGUGGCCGAUACCUGAAAAGCCCAAGACUCCCGAGCCUCCUCCAGCCCCAGAAGCUCCAGCAGAUCCCGAGCCUGCCCCAGAGCCCGAGCCCGAGCCCGAGCCAGCUCCAGAACCACCCCCAGAACCUGAACCCGAACCAGCUCCUGAACCUGAACCACCAGCAGCCUCAGAAGUGGAAGAAGCUGCUGCGCCUGCGUCCGAGGAACCAAAGAAAACAGGUACCAAGAAACAACGACAAAAGGAUCCUGGAGCGUUCGCCAUGUGGGUUGUCGGGGGGCACCGCAUGAAAUCAAACAAGGGUUGGAAAGUGGUAAGAAAGUCUGAAUAGCUGAUUCACUUGAAGUAUCCUGCCGCAUUCUGAGAUGGAGUUGGAUUCAAGAUUCGGUAGCCACCGGGCUACGGUAGAGGCGUUUCGAUCAUGAUAAUCUUACAUUGAUACUAGCCUCAAGGAAGGACAAAUUCUAAGUUUUUAAUAUUGUUAGUAUAAGGCCCACUUCUCUUCUCGUUAAUCAAACAGUUCCAAGGUGUAGUUUAUCAUGCAUAAGGGAAUGACUUUUCCUUUCGGUGUCGUAUUGAUUUUCAAUACCUCGGGGCUGUACAAUGGGCAGUCAUUCUCUGUAUUUUAUCCGAAUGUUCCGCUUAUAUUUUAAAAAGCCGGUUUAUGAAAGGUCUCUCCGUAAAUUACUAUGCGC